AUGACCACCGCUCACAGACCCACAUUCGACCCGGCGCAAGGAAAGGAGGCCCUUCGAGGUCCAGCAUAUCACCAGCGUCUACUUCCAGCACACACUCAUUUGAAAGUUCGGCAACCCGGACAAGGCGGUGAUGCCGACAAUGAGGUCCGCGACCUGCGCGCAGAGCUCUUGAAGGCUGAGGCUGCUCACUUCGCUAAGAAGAACGGUGGUUCUGUCGAGGAGCUCGCUGCCCCCGAGUCGGUUACCCCGAAGCGACAACUGGAAUCAGCUGCCGCGGACGCAGAUGGCGAAGCUGAGGAAGAUCCAGAGGCAAAGCGACGGCGGAUUCUAGAAGAGUCGCGCGACAUAGAUGCAGAUUCGGACGGAUCAGGAGAGGAUAGUAGCGAGGAGGAGGAUAGUGAUGACGAGGACGAGGCAGCCGAGCUGAUGCGUGAGCUGGAGAAGAUCAAGAAGGAGCGACAGGCACAGAAAGAGAAAGAGGAGCAAGAACGUGCAGCUGAAGAGCAGGAACAACGAGAAGUCGACAUCGCCCGAGGCAAUCCCCUACUCAAUGCACAAGAUUUCAAUAUGAAGCGGCGAUGGGAUGAUGAUGUCGUAUUCAAGAACCAAGCCCGAGGUACAGAGAAGAAGGAUGGCAAGGAGUUUGUUAACGACUUGCUGCGCUCCGACUUCCACAAGAGAUUUAUGACCCAGCUCUCUCCUUGUCCAGCCGGUCUAGCCUCUUGUCUCCUUCACCGCCCACCUGACCGCCCAUUAUCGCAUCCAUCUGCCGGGCACAAUGGCCAAAGCAUCCUCCCCCCGCCAGCUUCGGAAGCUCAGGACAGCCAGAAACCUCAGGACGCACGAGAUCCUGUGGAUCUUUAUCCCGAGAUGGAUACCCAGCCGACUGCCAAGCAAUUGCACCGUCCGUUUGCCCCGAUCAAUGAGACGCACAUGAACCGAAUCAACCAGGACAUUUCCCAGCUGCUGCAGCGGUUCGAGAACAUUAUGGCCACUGCAACUGUGAACAACCCGAGCCACACCGCCACGGCUGUCGAGACUUAUCAGCUGGAUGUCGAGUCUACUGCACUGAUCCGCGCCGGUGAGGAUAUUUUGAGCUUGACUCGCGCCAUGAAAGAGAUUUGGCUAUUUGGAAAGCUUGAUACACUGGGUGAAGACGAGCACGACGUCAAGCGCGGCAAGAAGCUUGAAGAGGAUGUCCGUGCGGUUGAGAAGGCCGUCCAGGACGGUACUCUAUUGAUGCUGUGCCCCGAGACAAAAGAGACAUAG